UAUUAUCUACAAGUUAUAACUCUUAAGUUUACAUAUUUUUAAUGAUUAAUUCCCUAUAGGCUAUAGCACUUGGAUUAUAUGACUACUGAAUAAUUUAUUAGCAAAUAGAUUGUUAUGAUUACUUGUCAUCUUAAUCUCUAGUGUCCUUUUAUGGGUCAUCAGAUUCUAGAGUCCAGACAAAAUUACAAGCCAUCACAGCGUCGCCACUUGUAACUUGUAAUUUGCAAGACCCCAUCAUUUUCAUUUUCAUGGCCGAUUAUUUUCCUUAGAUAAACUGAAAAGUCAUCAAUCACAUAUUCACUGAAGAAUGACCUUUCUUUCGUAUAUUAACCCAUUAUCUAAUAAUUCGAUUUUGGCUUCCAAAAAAAUACAUUAUUUGUCUCUUUAAUCAAUCUUACCCCAUACAUUGUUAAUUUUAUUUGCGUGAACCAGCAAAAAUUUGUGAUUGAAAAUACAAUUUUUUUUUACAGGAAAAAAACACAAGUUUACUAAAAAGGCCUUCACAUACUAAAACAUGUCACAUGUGUCACUCACGGUCUUACACCGAAUAUUUUCGUCAUAUGACCACAAACUUUAAUUAUUCUAUAAAUAACCUUAAUAUAAACACAUUUCGUAUAUUUAUUUUUAUGUUUUGCCCAAACACAUUAUAAUAAAAGAAAUAAAUAAAUUUAUAAAAAGGCUCAUUUCUCUUCUUCUUUGGUUCUUACAUUUCUCUAUAUCAUUUUUUGUCCUUCCAUUAAAAACGGAAUAAACAGAAUGAACGGUGGUGAUGUCACCGUCGCCGGAUCCGACGAUCUGAAAUCUCCGCUCUUACCGGUCGUCCAUAAUGAUGAACCAUUCGAACGACAAACGGUGGGACAACAACUUCGGACAAUAUUCACGCCCAAAAACUGUUACAUCGCUCUUGGUCCUCUUCUUUGCGCCGUCGUGUGUCUAUGCGUAGAUCUCGGGGGAGAUGAAACGACGACGGCGAGGAACAUGCUCGGUGUUUUGGUGUGGAUGUUCGCGUGGUGGUUGACGGAGGCCGUUCCGAUGCCGAUCACCUCCAUGACGCCGCUCUUCCUCUUCCCUCUCUUUGGUAUAUCGGCUGCGGAUGACGUAGCAAAUUCUUACAUGGAUGACGUCAUCUCCCUUGUACUCGGCAGCUUCAUACUUGCUCUCGCCGUCGAACACUACAACAUCCAUCGCCGGCUUGCCCUUAACAUAACGUUGGUGUUCUGCGUGGAGCCGCUAAACGCGCCGCUACUUCUGCUUGGCAUCUGCGCCACAACAGCGUUCGUAAGCAUGUGGAUGCAUAACGUAGCAGCUGCAGUCAUGAUGAUGCCUGUCGCUACGGGGAUACUUCAGAGACUGCCCUCGUCAUCAUCGACGACGGAAGUGGUGCAUCCGGCCGUGGGGAAGUUUAGCAGGGCGGUGGUGUUAGGUGUGAUAUACUCUGCGGCGGUUGGUGGGAUGAGCACACUCACUGGAACAGGAGUGAAUCUGAUUCUUGUUGGAAUGUGGAAAAGCUACUUCCCUGAGGCUGAUCCGAUCAGUUUUAGCCAAUGGUUCUUCUUUGGCUUCCCAUUGGCUUUGUGCAUAUUCGUGGUGCUUUGGUGUGUUCUUUGUGUUAUGUAUUGUCCUAAAGGAGCAGGACAAGCUCUCUCUCCUUAUCUCCAUAAAUCUCAUCUCAGGAGAGAGCUUGAUUUGUUAGGGCCAAUGAACUUCGCUGAGAAGAUGGUCUUAGCCGUGUUUGGUGGGUUGGUUGUGUUGUGGAUGACAAGGAAUAUAACUGAUGAUAUCCCCGGCUGGGGUCGGAUCUUCGCCGGCCGAGCCGGGGAUGGAACCGUGAGUGUGAUGAUGGCGACAUUGUUGUUUAUCAUCCCAAGCAAUAUUAAAAAAGGAGAGAAGCUAAUGGACUGGAACAAAUGCAAGAAACUACCAUGGAACAUUGUCUUGUUAUUGGGAGCUGGAUUCGCUAUAGCCGAUGGAGUACGCACCAGUGGCUUAGCUGAGGUCUUAUCCAAAGGACUUGUCUUCCUUGAAACGGCUCCUUACUGGGCCAUUGCUCCAACGGUUUGCCUCAUCGCUGCUACCAUCACAGAGUUCACUUCAAACAACGCAACCACUACAUUGUUGGUUCCGUUACUCAUCGAAAUCGCAAAGAACAUGGGGAUCCAUCCUUUGCUCUUGAUGGUUCCAGGAGCCAUUGGGGCUCAGUUCGCUUUCUUGCUUCCCACGGGAACACCCUCUAACGUCGUUGGGUUCACGACAGGGCAUAUAGAGAUCAAAGACAUGAUCAAGACAGGCUUGCCUCUCAAGAUCGCUGGAACCAUCUUUCUCUCCAUCUUGAUGCCCACUCUUGGGGCUUACGUUUUUGCAUCAAUGGGAGGAGUUUAGUUCUACAAGCCAAGCACAAGACCAUGUACACAAUUGAUUUAUUGUACUAUAUUGUUUACUACCGUAAUACAUAUGUAGAUAUAUAGUCAAUGGAAUGGGAAAUUUAGAUGAGGUCAAAAUUCACAAAAUCGGCCCAUUUUUGUAACCCGCCCGAUUAUAGUUUCCGGUACCAUUGCUUUCUUUUGUGCUUCCAACGUACCGGUAACUUUGGUCCCUUUUUUUUUUUGUUUGGUGUGUAUAUGAAAAAGGGUUAAUACAGAUUUGUGUGUUCUUCUUCCUAACAAUAGCAACUAGUGGCAAAUCCAGCGCGCGGUCCAACCUGGCCAUACCAUACCACGUCAUUGUCCAGCGUGUCUUCUUCUGUUUUCGGUUUUCUACAAACACAAAAAGCAAAGAAAACAAAACAUCAAUGCAUGGUUUAUAACGUCUUGCUUUUUAAUUAGUUUUUGUCCUUUACACUCAUUUAUGUUCUUUCUUUGUCCUUUGCUAUACACUACUUGUCUAUUGAAUAAUAUGCUUAUAAUCG